CGCGCUUGCUCUGGGUGGGGCUCCGGAAAAAUUGGAGGGGAGAAAAAUCCCCCCUAAAUAGCUGCGGCUACGGCUGCGAAAAACUAGAAUCCGCUCAGCCGGCAUCGAGUGCGCGUCGGAUUGCUACAACAGUUUACCAGUUCGUGGUACAAAGGUGCGAUCGAAACAGAAAUUCAAAUCAAGGGAGUACACCGUACAGUUUCUUCGCCGAGAGAGAUUGAGGUAAAAAGAAAUGAUACGUGUCUACUGUUCGAUUGUGAUGACAGUGAAUAUAACGAAAAGAACAGUGACCAAUCGUGUUCGCCACAACAGUGUUUGCGCGUAGGAGUUUGAAUUGAUAGUUAAAGGAUAGUUGAACUUUUCCCUGUUGGAUUUCCCGCUGGAAUUAAAAGAAUGCAUUUACGGGAUAGUCCCUUGGGAAUGGCGGAGACCCUUAGAGCAAUUCAGGAGUCCCUCAGUAGAUAUCAUGGCGAAUUGGUGGCGACAGGAAGCCCCACCAUCAUGUGCACUUCAUUACCAAGCCAUUGGAGAUCGAACAAGUCUCUUCCAGUGGCAUUCAAGGUCAUAGCUCUCGACGAUGUCACGGAUGGCACGCAAGUUACCAUCAAAGCUGGCAACGACGAGAACUGUUGCGGCGAGCUGCGGAAUUGCACGGCGCUCAUGAAGAAUCAAAUCGCCAAGUUCAACGAUCUUAGAUUCGUCGGUCGUAGCGGAAGAGGAAAAUCAUUCACCCUAACGAUCCAGAUCAACACGGUACCGUACCAAGUAGCCACGUACGCUAAAGCUAUCAAGGUUACGGUAGACGGCCCACGUGAACCGAGAUCAAAAUCGAAUUAUCAGUAUAGCGCCGGUUUUCAUGGACUCGGUGGCUUUCUCAGUCCCUGGCUGGACGCCACGUACUUUGCACCAUCCUGGCAUUUGCCGCAUCCUGCUUUAGUUAAAGGAGCGAUACCGUCACCCCCCGAUCUGUUCAAUCCGGCCUUCUCGCCAAUUUUAACGUAUCCGCUGGAAUACGUAAAUAAUUAUUCCGACUACGCGGCGUUGGCGACAAGCAACGCGUCGACGGCGAACACGAUGGCGUCGGUUCUGCCGGUCGCGCCGAGUCCGUCCAGAACGCCGCCCAGCCCUAGCGAGUCGGGCAGCGAGUCCGCGACCGAAGAGGUUCGAAGUGCCUUCGUGCCUCUUCGACACAACACCUUGCCACCGAGCACCUCGUCGUCGUCGUCAUCGCCGGACAGGAAUCCCAAGAGGCCAACCGAGGGCACGAGGAACGAGCUCAAGGCGCCCACCGCGCUCAUCUCCCAGAAACUGUCGCCCUCGCAGAGGAGUCCGUCGCCGACCAAACUCUCGCCGCCGUCUGCCAAAGUCUGGAGGCCGUAUUCAAAAUCGUAGAUUCGAGAACGACGUCCCGAACGGACACCCCUCUGGGAAGAAGGCUAGUGAAAAUGUAUCGUCGAUGGUAGACGAAACAACUGCAAGUUAUAACUGCAUUUACGAAUUUCACAACUUUUAUGAACAAAUUGAAAUGAUCAAACGUGCGAUAAAUGUUUACGAGUUUAAUACUUUCACAAAAUUGGUGAUCAACUUUUUGAAUAAUUCACCUUUCGAAUACUCCGAGACGCACCGAAGACGCUUCGUCUACCACUGCGGACACACGUUGCAAGUUUCAUGAAUUCAUGAUGAGUUUUAUCAAUUUUGUUCAACGAAAAUUAUAAAAUUCCCGAUGAAUUUAUAAAUUUGAACAAGUGUAUAUAUGAAAACGAAUUGUACAUAUGCCGUGUAUUGUAUAUAUGCCGUGUAUAUAGGUCGUGGACAAUAAAGUAGUUACAGAGAUAAAGAUUUAUUUACAUUCUGUGCGUUCAUGGAAGUACACAUGUAAGUGAUUGAGUGAGAGAGUGAGAGAGAGAGAGAGAGACCAAAAACAGAGAUAUUGAGAUAUUAUUUAUAAGCCAGAGUUUUAAUGUAAAUAGAUGGUAGAAGCGCAACGAGAUGAAUAAAAUCCACCUCGACGUAAGAAAA